CGAGAGGCGUCCACAUCUUGUCUCUGCUCCUCAUCAUCUGCGACCAUGAGCGGUAGUCACUCCCCUCCUGCUGGCUCGUCAUCCGGCGAUAUCGCAGGACGUUCGGCCACGCCGUCGUCAUCGUCCAAUGGCAACACCAACAUCGGCACCAAUCGACGCAUCUCGCACGGGGCAAACAGCGCUGCCCACUCCCUGUUGCCUCGCUCUUCAGGCGCCGGACCAUCCGCUGCCGGAUCUUCCUCUGGCGCCAAUACGCCUACAGCAAGCAAUGCAGCUUCCUCCUCGUCCACCUCACAUCGCUCAUCGGCUGCCAACUCUCCUCGUCGCGCUUUGGCCACGCCUUCCGCGGCACCUAAUGCAUCCAACUACCGCAUACAGAGCAUCGCGAGCACUCAACCCGCGCAGAUUCCAAGCAGUGGCGCCCCUUCAUCUUCUAUGCCAGCCGCCAGCCCAACUGCAACACCUCCGAUGUUUGGCUCCUACUCUGGCGGCCCGCCCUCCCUCUUUACCAUGGCUGCGCCUGGCGGUGGUCAGCCAUCGGCGACAUCCACCCGCCCUGCCACGAAUCUUGGCUUCUGGAGAGCGCCCAAUCGGCCGGUCACCACCCAGCACCAUCAUCAUCAUCAGGGCCAAUACGGCAGCCCAUUCUAUCCUACACAAGCGCCACAGCGCUGGCUAGCCCCAGCAAUGGCGGACCCAGCAGGUUGGGCAGGCAACCUUGCCACCUCGAAGCUAGUGGCAGGCUUCCAGGAACACAAUCUCCUCUCCUUCAGCUGGGUGAUCAAGGAUCUGCGCUUGCUCCGUGAGGAAGUAGAAAAUUCGCCCGCAUCAUCCCUCGAUGAAGCCGGCCGAUCAGUCAGCGCGGGCGCAGGUCGCUCUGAGAUCUGGACGACGCAGCCCCUCUUCGGUGACGGCAAGUGGAAGCUGGAACUCGUUCGCACAAGUCGGGAUGGCACCACAGUCCUUUCUGCCUACCUGACGUCCAUGGUCAUCGAGUCCGGCGCGCAAGAUGCUUCCCUCACAGCGAGCGUGAUGCUAGGCAUCCGCCUGCCUUCGACCGCCCAGCCGUCGACGAGCUCAGGCUGGGUCUGGAGCCAUUUCACACAUUUCACCUUCGACCGCGACGCCGAGUUUUUUGAAUGUCACGAGCUGCCUAGUCUCAGUGAGCUACUCAAUCAGCAUGCAGAGGUGGCGAAAGCCAACUGCUUUGAGCUCGUUGUCCAGCUCGGGACUGGGCCGCACUUGGCCAUUCCGAGUGAGGAUGCACCGACGAGGAGACUGCCCUUCCAGCUGCCUGAGUCGCGCUUUGUACCAGACUCGAUUGUUGCUGGGCUCGAGGGCAUGGUCGACAGCGCUACCACGGGUGAUGUGGCUCUGAUCGUGAGGGAAAGGGGCGUCGUCUUGCUUGCAUCGGAUGAGGAGGUUGGGCCUGAUUUCGAGGUGCUGCCUUGGGCCGUUGGCAAGCCGAUGCCCGGGACUAUCACGCGAGAAGACGUGGCAGCAGAAGCAGCUGGAGGAGAAGACACGGAUGCGACGCAUCAUGCUCACGGUCGCACCGACUCAGAUGGAUCGGAAGGUCGCUCCGCCGAGAUCGUGGUCAGGGACCGUGUCAUAUGGGCGCACUCCUCCAUCCUUCGCUCCCGCAGCGAUUACUUCCGUACCAUGCUUGACUCAGGCUUCUCUGAAGGCUCGGCUGUCGGCGGUGGAGAAGACACGAUGACGUCGUACGGCGGCCGCACCGUGCGAGUACUGCGCAUCCCUGAUGCCGACUAUGCUACGGCCUUCGCUUUGGUGCGUUAUUUUUACGUCGGAGAGAUCGACUUCAUGGAAGACGAGGAUGUGCGGAGCGUCACCUUCGACGAUGAGUGGGCGACGGCUGUCAGUGGCAGCAGCGCGCCUGGCAUGAGUAAUAGCGGCAAUCCGGUGUGGGAAUGGCGCAGUUUGGCGCAGAUUGCUGGAGAGCUAGGCCAGGAUUACCAUCACCAUCACGGCAGCAGCAGCCAGGAUUCCUUUGGAUCCCUGCGCGCUUCAACAUCGUCAUCAAAUCUGUCCUGCGGUCGUAAGUCGUGGGGGCAGGCCACCUCGUCUCGGCGCUCCACCUCGUCCAUGGACAAUCGCUCUGACGGCGCCUCAACACCUCGCCAUCAUCGCAGCGGUAGCUCGGCGAGCAAUGCUAGCAGCAGCAAUGCUUUGAUGCCGGAGGGCGCGACGUCGAUGUCGCUGUCUUCGCAAGCAGGACCGUCUUCUUCGCCGUCAUCUUCCCUCCUCGCCUCCCUCCUGCAAUCUGAUCCCCACUCUCACCCACCUUCGGGCAUCCCACCCAGUCCCUCGGCCUCGUCUCUGGCAAUCUACAAGUUGGCGCAUCGCUUCCACCAAACAACUCUCUCCUCCCUCGCGCAAGCUCAUCUGCUCGCCACCCUCCACCCCGCCCGCAACGCGUUCCCUGCACUUUUGGCAACGCAUCUCUACCCGACGUUGCAUGCUGCAGUGAGGGACGCUGUGCUGGAAGCGUGGGGCGAGGUGAGUGAGAGCAAGGAGUUUGAGAGAUGCUGCGAUGAGGUUGGACAGGGCGAGUGGGGAGUUCACGCAGGACGGGCGAUUAGAGGAUUCAUGAGAGCGUUGGCUGAUCACAAUGGUGGUGGGAGCGGGAAUGGCAGCAGCAUUAGCAGCCGUGGCGGGGCGCGUGACGGUAGUCGCAGCAUGGCUGGCCGAGCGUGAGGUCGUUCAGCCCAAAUAUCACGGUAGCAUGAUGACGUGCGAUCUAACGAUUACUGCAUGUAUACGAAGCCCGGCCAGCGAGCUCUCUCGCUCGUGUUGUGGAAAGGGCCGAUGAGCCCGGCGCUACGAUACCCUCUCUCUCUGACUUCCCUUCUCAAUUCUAACAAUUUCCGAUGAUUCCUCUCGCCCUGUCUGCCUUCCCUCUCACCUCCGCCCGCGCCUCACUUCCUUAUGAGGUCAAGAAAUUCCUGCCUCGUCUUCUGGCGAUCUCUAAAGCUGCCCAACAUGCAGCUCGUGACCGUGGAGCUUCCUACCUUCUGCACUCCCCUCAU